AUGCACCCAGAUCCAUAUCUGGUCUUGCCAGGAUCCACAGGCAAACUCAGUAUCCUGUAUCAGCUGCUGGCAAGAAGUCUGUUGGAGCAGCUGCAGAGCUACUUUGCUGCCUGUGAGGAUGAGACCCCAGCUAUCCGGAACCACGAUAAGGUUCUGCAGCGUCUAUGUGAACACUUGGACCAUGCCCUGCUCUACGGACUGCAAGACCUCUCCUCUGGCUACUGGGUGCUCGUGGUGCAUUUCACCCGGAGAGAGGCCAUCAAACAGAUUGAGGUGCUGCAGCAUGUGGCCACCAAUCUGGGGCGCAGCCGGGCCUGGCUAUACCUGGCCCUCAAUGAGAACUCACUGGAGAGCUACCUACGGCUGUUCCAGGAGAACCUGGGCCUGCUGCAUAAGUACUAUGUCAAGAAUGCUCUGGUCUGCAGCCAUGAUCACCUGACUCUCUUCCUGACUUUGGUGUCUGGGCUGGAGUUCAUUCGGUUCGACCUUGAUCUGGAUGCCCCUUACUUGGACUUGGCCCCCUACAUGCCCGACUACUAUAAACCUCAGUACCUGCUGGACUUUGAAGACCGCCUGCCUACCUCUGUCCACGGCUCGGACAGCCUGUCCCUCAACUCCUUUAACUCCGUCACAUCCACCAACCUGGAGUGGGAUGACAGUGCAAUUGCCCCAUCUAGUGAGGAUUAUGAUUUUGGAGAUGUGUUUCCAGCAGUGCCGUCUGUACCCAGCACAGACUGGGAAGAUGGAGACCUCACAGACACAGUCAGUGGCCCUCGCUCCACAGCCUCGGACCCAGCCAGCAGCAAGGCAUCCACUAAGAGCCCCACCCAGCGCCACAACCCCUUCAAUGAGGCCCAGGGAGAGGGCGUAUCCUCCUCUGACACCACCCCUGUGCACACUGCCUCUCUAGAGAAGGGGGAGUCCCAAACCCUGGACUUGCCAGAGGCCUACACCGAGCUUGAAGUCAUCAGGGUCACCAAGAAGAAGAAAAUUGGCAAGAAGAAGAAAACCAAAUCAGAUGAGGAAGCAAGUCCCCUUUACUCAACCUCCACCCAGCAGAAAUGCACCAGGCACGAGGAUGGCCCAGGCCAUGGACAGGACUCACCAGACACCACCCUGGCUUCGCCCCCGGAGGAGGGUGAUGGGUCCAACAGUGCAGCUGAGAGCAGCGAGUGUGCAGCCCUCAGCCACAUGGGCCUGCUCAUCCCCGCAAUGAAGGACACCUCCAUGGAGCGCCUGGGGCAGCCUCUGAGUAAGGUCAUCGACCAGCUUAAUGGGCAGUUGGACCCCAGCACCUGGAACUCUCACUCACAGCCCCCGGACCAGUCCUUUCGGACCGGCUCUCCCGGGGAUGCCCCGGAGAAGCCGCCAUUUUGCGACUUUAGUGAGGGGCUUCCAGCCCCCAUGGACUUCUACCGCUUUACCAUUGAGAGUCCAAGCACUGCUACAUCAAGUGGUGGCCACCAUGACCCUGCAGGGCCUGGCCAACCGCUGCAUGUUCCUCGUAGCCCUGCGGCUACUGGCCAAGAAGAGGAAGGAGGAGGAGGAGGAGGAGAGGGACAGGCACCUCAACCCCUAGAGGACACCCAGGGGGAGACUCAGCAGCCAGAGACUCAGGAGCCAUUGGUCAGUGAGGGGCUGGUGCCUGAGCCAGAGCCGGGGACCCAGGAGGCUCUCUGCCAGCUCAAGAAAGAGCAGCCCAGCCCAUGUCUGAGCAGCGCAGAGGACUCGGGGGUGGAUGAAGGGCAGGGGAGCCCUUCUGAGAUGAUCCACUCAUCAGAGUUCAGAGUAGACAACAAUCACUUGCUCCUGCUGAUGAUCCAUGUGUUUCGAGAAAAUGAAGAGCAGCUGUUCAAAAUGAUCCGAAUGAGCACUGGGCACAUGGAGGGCAACCUGCAGCUGCUGUACGUGCUGCUUACAGACUGCUACGUCUAUCUGCUCCGCAAAGGGGCCACAGAGAAGCCGUAUCUGGUGGAAGAGGCCAUUUCUUACAAUGAACUUGACUACGUCUCGGUCGGCCUCGACCAGCAGACGGUGAAGCUGGUAUGCACCAACCGCAGGAAGCAGUUUCUGCUGGACACGGCUGACGUAACUCUGGCUGAGUUCUUCUUGGCUUCUUUGAAGUCAGCCAUGAUCAAAGGCUGCCGGGAACCACCCUACCCCAGCGUCCUGACAGAUGCCACCAUGGAGAAGCUGGCCCUGGCUAAAUUUGUGGCCCAGGAAUCUAAGUGUGAGGCAUCUGCUGUUACUGUGCGAUUCUACGGGCUUGUUCACUGGGAAGACCCUAUGGAUGAGUCCCUGGGCCCUGUCCCCUGCCACUGCUCAGCCCCUGAGGGCACUAUCACCAAAGAAGGCAUGCUGCAUUACAAGGCGGGUACCUCCUACCUGGGCAAGGAAUACUGGAAGACCUGCUUCGUGGUGCUCAGCAACGGGAUCCUCUACCAGUAUCCAGACCGCACUGACGUCAUUCCCCUGCUCUCGGUGAACAUGGGGGGGGAGCAGUGCGGUGGCUGCAGGAGGUCCAACACCACGGAUCGGCCCCACGCCUUCCAGGUCAUCCUCGCUGACCGGCCCUGUCUGGAGCUCAGCGCCGACAGCGAGACCGAGAUGGCCGACUGGAUGCAGCACCUCUGCCAGGCCGUAUCCAAGGGGGUCAUCCCCCAGGGAGUGGUGCCCAGCCCCUGCAUUCCCUGCUGCCUGGUCAUCACUGACGACUGCCUCUUCACAUGCCAUGAGGAUUGCCAGACCAGCUUCUUCCGCUCCCUGGGCACAGCCAGGCUAGCCGACAUCAGUGCCGUGUCCUCUGAGCCGGGCAAGGAGUACUGUGUCCUGGAGUUCUCCCAGGACAGCCAGCACCUUCUCCCUCCCUGGGUCAUCUACCUGAGCUGCCCUUCUGAACUGGACCGAUUUCUGUCUGCACUGGGCGCUACAUGGAAGACUGUCUACCAGGUGGACCUCCCCCACAAAGCCAUCCAGGAAGCCUCCAGCCAGAAGAAAUUUGAGGACGCCCUGAGUCUUAUCCACAGCGCCUGGCAGCGGAGCGACAGCCUGUGCCGCGGCAGAGCCUCCAGGGACCCCUGGUGCUGA